AUGGGAAAAAUAGUGGAAACUCAGAGGGAACAUUUAGAACAAGAAAGAGAAAAGGAGAAAGAAAAGGGAUUAUAUGAAGAUCAGGAAGAUAUCAUAGAAGAAAAAGAGAUUGAAAAAGAAAAUAAUUUAGAUGAUUAUACUGGGAUUUACAGUUAUAUACCCAAAGGAGACAAGGGAGAAGUGGCCCCCCAAAAGGAAAAUAGCGAAGCACAACCUCAGCGUUUGCCUCAGCCAAAUGCUUUGCCGCUUGACAAGUAUAAGGAAGGAACCAGCAAAAAACAAAAUAGCCCAAGAAGUCUGAAUAGUGAAAGUGGAUUUUGCAGUGGAGUCAAAGUUGAUGCACCAGAUAACCGAAUAUUUUCUGCACCUGUUUCCCAAAAGAUACACAGAAAAAUUCAGUCCAGCCUGUCAGUCAACAUUGAUAGCAGUAAGAAAAGCCCUGCUUGUUCUCAUAAACCAGGUCCUUCUCCUGAAGAUUGCUGUGUACACUGUAUUUUGGCCUGCUUGUUCUGUGAAUUCGUCACCCUCUGUGGCCUCGUCUUGGAGCAAACCUCUUGUGGAAUCUGCCCAGGAGUGGCCGGCUGCUGUGGGGAAGAAACAGGAGAUGACUGCAACUGCCCUUGUGACAUGGACUGUGGCAUUAUGGAUGCCUGUUGUGAAUCAGCAGACUGUUUAGAAAUCUGUAUGGAAUGUUGUGGGAUUUGUUUCCCAUCAUAGCUUUCUAUUUAUUCUGGUUUUUGCUGUUGUUGAGCUUUGAAAAACUAGAGAGGGCUGUUCUCUGCAUCUCUCUAUUUCUAAGAAAUUCUUUCAAAGGACACUAUUAAAUGUGCUCACAGCAACCUGCUACACACUAUUAAUCUCAGUGAAAAAUUGAAGAGAAUUUUUGAAUAGUAGGCCAUAAAGAAUACAUGCAGGACAAAUCAUUCACACAAAUGAAACAACAAUUUGGUGACUGUAUCUGGAAAAAGAAAGAAGGAGAACUUCUUUGAAUUUUUGUUGUUAUUUGAUCUUCCUUUUUAUAGCUGGAUAAUCAAGAAAAUUUAUUUUAAUGAUUCUUGCGUAGAGAAAUUUGAAAUUGUUUUCAAGCAAAUACCAUUUGUUAUGUCUUAGAUAUAUUUUAUGUUAACUGUAAUGCAAAUUAAUUUAUCUGAUCUAGUCAUAUUAUUAAGGUCUGAAGAAUAAUCUUGUUCAUAUUUUAUAGUACAGUGUUGUACAUGUCUAUUCUAAGUAGUGACUGCAUCUUUAAAGUGCUAUUCCAGUGAUGGCGAACCUAUGACACGCG